AUGGCAACAGCAGUGGACGCCCCGUGUCUGACAGAGCUUGCUGGACUUCCCAGUUGGAAUGCCAGCUUCGGGAUACAACCCUGCAACCGCAGCGCCCGUAACGGCGUCUACACACCGUCAGCCACUGCUGCCUUUGCCCUCGCCAUCACAUUCAUGAUGAUGAUCACCAUCGUGGGCAACAUCUUGGUCAUCAUCGCGGUCCUGACGUCCCGUUCUCUCAAAGGGCCUCAGAAUCUCUUCCUGGUGUCGCUGGCGGCUGCCGACAUCUUGGUGGCCACACUCAUCAUCCCCUUCUCCCUAGCUAAUGAGCUGCAGGGCUACUGGGCCUUCAGCGCCAUCUGGUGUGAGAUCUACCUGGCUCUAGACGUCCUCUUCUGCUCCUCCUCCAUCGUCCAUCUGUGUGCCAUCGCUCUGGACCGCUACCUGUCCAUCUCCAGGCCUGUGUCCUAUGGCCCCAAAAGAACAGCGUCAUGCAUCAAGGCAGCCAUUGUUGUGGUCUGGCUCAUCUCCGCUGUGAUCUCCUUCCCUCCGCUUCUCUCACUGGACAAGAGCGAGGCGGGCGAGGACAUGUGCGAGCUGAACGACGAGCGCUGGUACAUCCUGUACUCCAGCGUGGGCUCCUUCUUCGCGCCCUGCGUGAUCAUGAUCCUGGUCUACGUCCGUAUUUAUCAGAUCGCCAAGCAGCAUGCCCGCUGCCCCCUGGGCCACAAGUCCAAGUCUGAGGACAUCAGUGACGCCUUUAGGAAAUCCACUGAGCGGCAGAACGAUGAUGAAGCAAGUGCGAACAGCAGUCAGAAAGACAAGGUUCAGGACAGCCAAGUCGCUCAGAGAUGCGACCUGACAGGGUUCUCCUCCAGCCCAGUUCCCAAAAUCCCCCUGGUUGCUCUGAAGAAGAACCACGCCAGGAGACAAAGGUCCCAGUCAGAGGUACCGUCUGCUCACAGCUCCGGCUCAGAGGCCGACACCAAUGGUGGGAUGGAGGAGAACAAGGGGCUGUCCGAUCCCCCAGUGCGGAAAGGUCUCAAUGCUCAGAUGAAGAACUUGGCGGUUCGGUACAAGAGCACCAUGGCAACUUCGGCUGGGACCAGGCUGGUGAUAGGAACUUCCAGGACCCCUGGGAUGCUGACCACCCGCAGGAAAGCCCUGCUGAACCGGGAGAAGCGCUUCACCUUCGUGCUGGCCGUGGUGAUGGGCGUGUUCGUGAUGUGCUGGUUCCCCUUCUUCCUGUCCUACUCGCUGAAGGCCAUAUGUCCAGAGUCCUGCAGCAUCCCGGUCCCGCUCUUUAAGUUCUUCUUCUGGAUUGGCUACUGCAACUCUUGCCUGAACCCUGUCAUCUACACCAUCUUCAACAAGGACUUCCGCAAGGCCUUCAAAAGGAUCCUGUGCCGCAACACCAAAGGAACCUUCUUCUGAGAACCAGGAUGUGGACCUGGACCACAACCAGGAGAGUGUGCUCUGAGCUGAAUCAAUU